CAGGCGGGGCGGAAUUUCUGAAUACUCCUUAACAUUGCAAAGUCACAAUCGUUCGCUUUAUGAUACAGGUAAGUAGUUUAAGUUUAAAACUGACUGAUCAGCUGCAGUCAGAUGGUUUGAAGAUUCGAACGCUCUGCGCAGCCGCGCCGCUCCAUCCAUAUUAACUUGUUAAUUAGAUCCAUAAUACGACUUGCAGAUGAGCUAGAGUGAAGUUGAAUACAUAAAAAGGGCUUUUUCAGCGAUCGCAUGCAUUGUGGAGCCGGAGGCUGCCCGGUGGACUGGCACCAGAACUUUGCGUGUUCAUAAAUAAACGCGAACGGUAUUCAACAGCCCUUGGUGCUGUAUGCAUAACGAAUUUGAAGGAGGCAAACUUGGAGGCUCUGGUGGCUCGGAUGGAGUAUAAAAUUCCGUAACAACAUGGUGGAGGAUUUCAUUCGCCGGUUUGCUGUCGUAGAAGACAUAGCUCCGUCAAUUAGUUUUAACUAAUUAUCGCGCGUGAAACAGUGAAGUGUUUUCCCGUUUAACUAAAGUGUUAAGUGUUUAUGAAUGUAAAUGAGUGCGGGUUUAGUGAGAGAUGCGGGCAGAAUGCAGUUGUUGCGCGAUGGCGCUGCGGACUUCAGUUACUAGUUGGUUCCAUCUGCGUCCGCCAGACGGCGUGCGUGUCUCCGAACAUGGCUGAUGCGAAAAACCUCACAUCUGCAACGUAUGCAACAAAGGGUUCAGCACAUCGAGCUCACUCAACACGCACCGACGGAUACACACAGGCGAGAAGCCCCACAAGUGUCCAGAGUGCGGCAAGUGUUUCACCGCCAGCUCCAACCUGUACUACCAUCGCAUGACCCAUACAAAGAACAAGCCCCACAAAUGCAUAUGGUGUCCGCGUUCGUUCCCAACACCAGGCGAAUUACGUGCGCACACUGCGGCGCACGGCGCGCACGCAACACUUGCGACACACGCACGUACUGCGGCGAUGGUGCCACGACUUUAUGGCAGACGUAAUGUUAAU